CUGGCAAAAUUUAUAUUAUAUAUAUAAGAGAGAGAAACUUAUUAAUUUUUUACUGUUUGUAAGAUUCACAACAACAUGAGCAAUGCUUUAGAAUUAUAUGCAAAAUAUUUCGAGAGCCAUGGUGUAGAAAGCAUGUCAGCAAUCGAUUUUUUCAAGUUUGAAAAAUUUAAAUAUAAGCACCGUAAAAUUGCCAGUCAGGAAUGGUUGAAUGUUGUGGUCCCUGCAAUCGAGAAGAUUAACCGGAAGCGUGCUAGGAUCUUACGACAUGAAUGGGAAGCGAAGCCACAAAUUCGAAUCGAAUAUUGGGAAAACAAGUGCAAGGAGGAAGAAAAGGAAUCACAUAUUUCUGCUGUUCGAACAGAAGGCCGAAUCCAGUCCAUUGCUUCUGUAAGAAGUAUCACCAAUGAAACCGUCCAGGAACUUAGUUCUACUUCAACUGACAAUAGCGGAUUGUUAUAUUCCAGAAGCUCGUCGCCCUGCCAGAAUCAGCUACGAAGGAUGGGUAGGACAGGUUCAUUUUUUCUGUCACAAAGGUGAUAAGGUGGCCUUCAUAAUAUUUAUUUAUUUUAUUUUAUUUUUUACAUACUAACCCCAGAGACAUUUGAUACUGAACCUAAAGAGUUUCCAGUAUCUGCUGAACCGCCGGGGAAUAUACAGGAUCAGACCUUAAGUGACGAAGGCGAC